AUGCUACUGCUCGUCGAUAACGAUAUGGGUCGCCACGCUUCAGACAACGAGGCCGCGUCGAGGCGACCACGCAGGAAGGCUGCUGGCGUCGGCGACUACCGGUUCGCGCGGGAGAAGAAUUGCGACCUGCGUUUGCUUGACUUCGAGACGUUCGGCGGCUUCGGGAACGGCGUCCGCCGUCUUCUUCGGCAGGCGGCGGACCAGCUGAGUAACAAACUUUCGCACGCUCAGCACCUCGAUGAGGUCACAUGGACCACCAAGAACUGGCACGGGCUGCAGAUGCAGCGCUUGUCUGUCGUUCUCCACGCCACACGGUGA